AUGGCGGACGAGGGCCCAGCCCCAGCCCCCGCGGCGGCGGCGGCCGCCGCCGUCCCCGUCGGCGGAGCAUCCGCCACCAUACUCGACACUCUCGGCGAGGACAUCACCCGCAUCGUCGGCCCGGUCUCCGCCUGCAUGCUCAUCGUCGUCCUCCUCGUCUCCCUGCUCUCCUCCCCUUCGUCCCCGUCCCCGCUCACCGCCUCCAUCGCCGCCGCCGGCGGCCCCGGCGGGGGCGGGGGCGACGACCUCGCGAGCGCCCUCGUCACCGCCGUCGUCUUCGUCGUCUUCGUCACGGCCGCCACCUUCCUCAUGGCGCUGCUCUUCUACUUCCGCUGCACGCCUUGCCUCCGCGCCUACCUCGGCCUCUCCGCGAUCUGGGUCCUCCUGCUCCUCGGCGGCCAGAUGUGCCUCCUCCUCCUCUCCCGCCUCCGCCUCCCGCUCGACGUCGUCUCCUGCGCGCUGCUCCUCCCCAACGCAGCCGCGGCGCUCGCCGUCGCCGCGAUCUCGCCGGCCUCCGUCCCCAUCGCGCUCCACCAGGCCGCGCUCCUCGCCAUCGCCGUGCUCACCGCCUUCUGGUUCACGCUGCUCCCCGAGUGGACCACCUGGGCGCUGCUCGUCGCCAUGGCCGUCUACGACCUCGGCGCCGUCCUCAUCCCCGGUGGCCCCCUGAGGGUUCUUCUCGAGCUGGCCAUUGAGAGGAACGAGGAGAUACCGGCGCUGGUCUACGGGGCAAGGCCGGUGGAUCCCAGGCACGGCCAGAAUUGGCGGCUUUGGAGGGAGAGGGCGCGGCAGCCCGCCGGGGAUUUGGACCCCAGCUCCACAGUUGAGGUGAUUGGUGAGGUGCUGGGGAGAAAUCCUCUUCUCAAUUCAGGUGGCAGUUCACCCAAUUCGACGGCCCAAGCCGGGGAGCAGACGAACUUGACUGGUGCUGUUAGCAAUUCAAGGCUCAGGGAGUCACCGGUGCCAGAUUUGAGCUCUGGUUCUGCCAAUGCACAAGCCAGAGAGGCGCUUGCAUUGCCGGAGACUAGACUGGAUAUUGCUGAACUGAGGGUACCGUUGAUCCAGCCACAGCCAGAUAGAACCAGUGACGAUGACGACGACGAUGAUGAAGAUGGCAUCGGGUUGGGCUCAUCAGGGGCGAUCAAGCUUGGGCUGGGGGACUUCAUAUUCUACAGCGUGCUCGUCGGGAGGGCGGCUAUGUACGAUUACAUGACGGUCUACGCGUGCUACCUUGCCAUCAUUGCGGGGCUCGGCAUCACCCUGCUAUUGCUGGCAUUCUACCGCAAGGCAUUGCCCGCCCUACCGGUGUCCAUCACCCUCGGCGUCCUGUUUUACGUGCUCACAAGAACAUUGCUCGAGGCAUUUGUUAUGCAGUGCUCCACAAACAUUCUGAUGUUUUAG